UAAAGGUGUUGCAAUAACGUUUUCUGGAUAUAAAUGACACAAAUAGAGAAUUAAUUUGUGUGACCCCAGAAGACAACAUGAAAGAUGACAAGCAGCAUCUCAUUAACGACAGGAAUAGCUUCACUGGUUGUGGCAGCACAAUUUGGCAACGGAUAAAGCAGCUAUAUCUUGAUAACAUUGCAGACCUGAAAAUUCUCCUGUGUUUUUCAGCACCUUUGAUUGCUACAGGUUUGUUGGACCUUGCACCAUUUAUUGUAACAGCAAUAUUUUGUGGUCAUCUUGGAAAGAUAGAACUGGAUGUAUAUAUGCUUUCUAGCUCUUUCACAUCAAUUACAGGCUUGCCGAUUGGACUGGGGCUAUGUUCAGCAUUUGAUACAAUUAUUUCCCAGAUUUAUGGAGGAAGCAAUCUCAAACUCAUUGGGAUAACCAUACAGCGUGGGAUCAUUAUCCUGUUUCUCUCUUGCUUUCCGUGUUGGGCAUUUUAUGUAAAUAGUAGAAACAUUUUGCUGCUUCUAGGACAAGACCCAGAAAUUUCAAGGUUGGCUGACUUGUGUGUGCUAGCGAGUAUUCCAUGUCUUCCAGCAAAACUUUACUACACACUUGAACAAAGGUUUUUGCAAAACCAGGGAAUUAUUAUACCUCAGUUCAUAGUAAGUUUUAUUGGAAACAUUCUUCACAUCAUCACAACCUAUGUAUUGAUGAUUGUUUUUAACACUGGAUUAAUAGGAGCUAUUAUGGCUUUAUUGAUCACUCACAUUGGAUAUAUAAUUGGCCUUUUCAUCUAUAUAAGGUUAUGGAAAAUCCAUGAGGAGACUUGGUCUGGUUGGUCUAUUGAUUGCUUGACAGACUGGGGAUCUUUCUUGUCCCUAGGAAUUCCCAGUAUGCUAAUAAUGUGCAGUGAAUGGUGGUGCUAUGAAGUUUCAGUCAUUUUAGCAGGUCUCAUUAACCUGGUGCAGCUUGGAGGACAAUCGGUUAUAUACCAGGUGUUGUUUGUAAUAUAUGAGCUUUCGAGUGCAGUUGGCACGGCUGCAGGGAUUAAAGUGGGGAACUGUUUAGGUGCUGGAGAUUCUCAUCAAGCAAAGAAAUUUGUGAAACUUAGUUUUGUUAUAGCAGCUUCAUACACUACUUUGAAUGUCAGCCUAAUGUUUGGAUUAAGGCCUCAAAUUGCUGCAGUUUUUACAAUGACAACUCUGUGGGCUAAACAUUUGCUAAAGAAUGAAGAGAAACACGAUGCCAAUAUUCAGUCUAAGCUUUUAUGGGAACGAGAAGGCCGACUCUUGGACCUCAAACUUUAUGAGGUCAUAGCAUGGUCCAAAGGCUACAUGAAAGAGAAGAGACCACUGGUGGAUCUCAGUAUUAAGACCUCUUUUAUUUUCUUAUUAGAGUUAAACAAGUCCCUCACAUGUUGA